AUGAUUUACUUCUUCUUCAUUUGCUGGUGUUUGAUUAUUCGUCUAGGUCGAAGUGAACAAACAAAUGUGUCUUCUUGGUAUAAAACUCAAAUAGUCGGUACAGUUAUUCCACCAUAUCAUGCAGCUUAUACAAUAUUAAAUGAAAAAAUCGUUCAACAAUUAUUAACAAUAAAUAUUGACAGUAAUCAAACAACAAUACGAACAUUAGUUGAUUCACUGGUAUGUGCUAGUCGAAAUGUACAAAAUAAAUUAAGUGAAGCAACUAAAGCUAGUGAACAAAUUCGUAAUUCACUUGAUGAACAAAUAGCUCAACUUGUUCUUUCAAUUGUUAAUCAAGAAAAUAAAGUACACGAAAGUCAACAAUCUGUUAAUCAAGCAAAUAUCAAUAUUGAACAUGCUCAACAACAAGUUACAACAGCUGAAAAUACUGUUCGAGAUAAACAAAAUGCCUUGAAUGCAGCCGAACAUGAUAUGCAUGAAGCACAAAAAGCAGUUGAACGCGCUCGUUUAUGUGGUCGACGACGUCGAAAACGUGGUUUUGGUAAAUGGUGGAGAAAGAAAGUUGAAAAACCUUUUGUUCAUGUUAUUCGUCAAACAGCUAUUAAACCUGUAUGUAGUGUUAUUAAUUCAGGAGGUAUUGAUAAUGCUAAAAAUCGACGAGCAUUAGCUGAACAUACAUUUCGUGAAGCUCAACAACGUCUUACGCAAUAUCAACAAAAUUUAGUUCAUCAACGAACACAACAUACAACAGUUCAAACACAAUUAAAUGAAGCAAAUUCUCAAUUAAAUAUUCUUACAAAUCAACUUAAUGAACAAAAAGCAAAACAGAUAAUUAUAACAUCACUUAUUAAACAAUUUAAAAGUAUUGAAAUACAUUUGAAAGAUGUAUUAGCUUCAUCGAUUGUCCUUGAAGAUGCCAUAAGUCAAUUAAUUAAUUUUGAACUUGUUAUUGUGCCACUUCAUACAAUUUAUAAUGAAAUGAUUACAAAUAAUGUGAUGAAUUCUUUUAAUUUUGAAAUUUCAUCUGAAACGAUAACAAAAGUUUUAGAAAAUAUGAUAAUCAUAGUUUGUUUUUUAUGUGUUUCUAUUAUUCUCGGCUCUCAACAGCUGACACCUACAGAUUUAAGUGUAAUUUCAUCAAAUAUUGACCCAUUGAUGGAUCAAACUACUAUCGAUAAAGCAUGGGAAGAUUGUAUGAUUACGGCACCGGCUACUAUUAAUCUACUCGGUCAAGUCAUGGUUGUUGCAAGCAGAGUAGAUGUUUCAUUUGAUCAUUAUUCACCUAAUCGUGUCUACCAACACAUCAAAUAUCCAAAAUCAUUUCGUGCAACUCUUUUACAAAUCUCAAACGAUGGUUAUCGAGCUUUUCUUGGUGCUCAUACAUCUAUGAAUAAAAUUCAAUUAUAUAUGCAACAAAUUCCUCAACAUAUUAAAACUAUAAUUAGACUAUUAUCAAGUAAAGCUUCAACAAGUCUUGUCAGUCGAUUAUUACCAAAAGUAAUAAAUAAUAUAGAACGUAUUGGUCAAACAUGUGUAACAUUAUCACGUGGUACAGAAAAUUCAUUUGUUACUAUUAUGGAUCUUCUUGGUGAAGUAUUAGAAGCAACAGAAGUAACACGAGGUUUACAUGAAAAAGAUUUAAAUGAUAAAACUAUUGAAUUAAAUGUUACACAUAUUAUUCAUGCUGAUAUGAAACGUGAAGAAGAAAUUCGUCAUCAACAUUAUGAAGAAAUUCGUCAAGCUGUACGUAAUGCACAAGCAGAAUAUUCUCGUGCACUUAGUGAUAUUCCAACUGGUUUUAAAGCACUUGGUCUUGAAUUAGGUCGAGCUUUUAUUGGAUUAGUUAAAUCAUUUUCAAAUAGUUUUAGUUCAAAUCAUAUGAAAGGAUUUAGUCCAUCAAUUCAACAAACUUCUGGAAAUAAUGGUGCUGAAUCAUUUGCUAACAAUCAAAUAUUAAAUUUUGCUUCACGUUUUGCUCAAUCACUUGAUUCAUUAAUUGAACGAAUAUCUUCCAGUGAAAAUCAAACUUUAGGUGAACAAGAAUUUCAAAGUUUUAAAGUUAUAUUUGAAACAUUUGCCAAGAUGAUUAAUAAGAUUCCAAAUAGUAAACCGAAAAUGAAAGCAGCUCAACUUAUUCAACGUGCUAUUGAUUCAGUUGAUGAAGGUAUAAAUGAUAAGAAUUCCGAUAUUAAAAAUCAAUUAGAAGUUUUAGCUGAUGAAGUUAAACCAUUUAUAGCUGCUGAACAACUUUCUAGUAGUAAUAAUGUACCAAUUUCUAUACCGACAAAAGAUGAUUCAUCAAAAAAUGAAUUAUUAAAAGCUCAAUUAGCUCAAAUACGUCUAUCCGAGACAGAAAAGCGUCUUGAUCAACAAUAUGCUACGUAUGCAGCAGCUAUGGAACAAAUGCGUGUAUUAACAGCAAAAUUAGCUAAUCUUGAUUUAACAUUUAUUCAUUUUAAACAAAUUCUUGAAAUGUUACGUGAAGCAUUACGUUUACUUGGUCUUUUACGUCAACAUUGGCAUAAAUUAGUUGAAUUUUUUACAAAUUUUUCAGCACAAGUUACAACUGGCUUUGAUGAAACACUUAAAACAUUUCUUGAUACAACACGUAUUAAUAUUGAUUUAGAAAAAACUGAAAUUGAUCGUAUUCUUAUGUUAGAACUUUUAAAUGGUAAUUCAAUUAAUCUUUAUCAUGAAUCAUAUACACUUUUUAUGAUGGCACGUACGUAUUUUGAUGUAUCAAAACAACAUCUUAUGCCACGUCUUGCUGGUCUUUCACUUAUGUUAACAGCUGAAAAUGAUAAUGAACGACAAAGAUUACUUAGUGAACUUGAAAGAAAUACACUUGAUGUUCAAGCAAAUGUUACACAACUUGUUAAUGAACGAAAAACAAUCUAUAAAAAAAUCAUCAGUGAAAAACGUGCAGCAUUUAAUGAACAAAUUAAUAAUCAAGAUGCCAAUGGAAAUGAACUUGCAAUAAUUCAAGAAGGAAAAAUGCUUCUUGGAUAUGAAGAUACUCUAAAUGAAUAA